AUGACCAUGCUCGCGCGCACCCUCGUUACGGGAACCAGCACGCUGCUCGCGCCAUCUAGCGUGCGCGCGGCUGUAUCUGCUGUCGCCCGCAGCACACGUACCUACUCGACUCCCUCCCCUUCGCCGACCCCCACUCCGUCUUCCUCUUCAACCACCGCUGCGCCACGCGCCGGACGCAGGCCCAUCGCCCUCCCUACCACACCGACACCGGCUGCGGAACCCUCAUCUUCCGUCGACGCCAGUGCUGGCGGUGCGAUCAGCUACGAGCCGCUGCCGCGGCACAUCGCCGCGCGGCGCGGCGUGCUGCUCGUGUCGCUGCCCAUCCCGCCGGCGUCGUGGCCGAGCCACCUGGAACCCAUGUCGCCGCUGCUCGCCGACGCCAGCGCCGAGCUGAAGAAACGCGGCCUGGCCGUGCUGGCCGUGUACGACGGCGUGGGCACUGCGCCGUUCCCGCAGCUGGGCGAGGAAGAGGUGUACCCUGCGACCUUGGUGUUUCCCGACGGGCGGCGGUUCACGUUCCCGGCACUGUCGCGCGAGACGCUCACCGACCCGCUGUUCCUCAAGGGCGUGGAUUACCGGGCGCUGGACACGAGCCGCGCGGCGCCGAACGCGCUGCCUGUCGCGCGCAGCGGGCCCGAGGUGCUGGUGUGCACGCACGGCGCGCGCGACUGCCGGUGCAGCGAGCGCGGGGGGCCGCUGGUCGCGGCCUUGCGGGCCGAGUUUGCGCGCAGCGGCGUCAACAUCCCCGUGAGGGAGGUGGCACACGUGGGCGGGCACAAGUGGGCCGCCAACGCCAUUGUCGUGCCGGCGCUGGACAUGCUCUCGAACCUGGCCGCGAGCGACGCGCCCGACCUCGCGGCCCACGUCAUCGGCAACCGCCCGCCGAGCUCGCGCAUGUGGCAGCACUGGCGCGGCCGGUUCGGCAUGGACGAGGAGCAGCAGGCGGACGUGUGGGCCAAGAUCGAGGCCGGCAUCGCCGCGGCCGCCGCGCCGCCCGACACGGCUGCGGCGUCUGAGAAGCCGCACACUCACACGGGCAAGACGGUGCCGCUCACGUUCAAGCUGCACUCGGGUGAGAAGCGCGUCGUGCACGCCCGCCUGGGCGACACCCUCCUCGAUGUCGGGCAGGAACACGGCCUGCCGUCCAUCGAGGGCGUGUGUGGCGGCAACCUCGAAUGCGCAACUUGCCACGUCUACCUCAACCCCUCGCCUGUACCCGCGCCCGUCGCGGACCCGACAGACGACGAGCUCGACAUGCUCGAGUUUGCCGUCGACUACAACGACGAGGCGAGCCGCCUGGGCUGCCAGAUCGAAGUCACGCCCGAGCUGGCACAAUUCUAG